UUAAUUUACGUAUGCAUACAGCUACGAAUGACUUAUUAAGUUAACUGAUCAGAAAUAUUGCUAAUGACUGGUACGACCGGCAUGUCGUACGAAAAAUAUUUAAGACUUGCGGUAUUAAUCACGCUAUCUUUUUCAGCUCUAUCCAAAAGGCUUACCUGUGUGGACGAAGGCGAACGAAAUUGCCAAGAUGGCACGUGUAUCAAAUCAGAUUACUGGUGCGAUUUCACCGAAGAUUGUCCGGAUGGGAGCGACGAAGCAGAAUGUUCCUCAACGUGUAAUUUCGAGGAUGGCAUAUGCAAUGGUUGGACUCAAGAUAUAGACGAUGAUUUCGAUUGGUUAUUGUGCAACCGUUCAUCAACAAAUGACUGUCCUGGAUGCAACAAGACUACCAUCCAUGCAAGAGGAUUGCUCUCCAGGCAGGAGGACUGCCCUGGAUGUAACAGGACAAUCGAUACAAGCAGAUGGCCCUCCAUGCAAGAAGUCUGCCCGGGACCCCACAAAGAUCAUACCUACAAUUCGUUAACAGGUAAUUAUAUCUAUGUCAGUGGCUUGAAUGCUCCAGCAUGGCGUGAAUCUAGAGCCAGGUUUAUGAGCCCCAUGUUCUCCAAAGUGAGCACCGACUGUUCAUUUAGCUUAUGGGUCAACAUGUUUGGAGUAGAAUUCGGUGACAUCAACAUACUUAUCCGAAAGAAAUCUGUAUCUGGAGAUAAUAAGAUGUUAAAGGUAUCAGAUAAAGUAAUUGAUACUUAUAAGUGGAUUUAUGCCGAAGUUUCCAUUCCACGCUGCGUCACAUUUUUCCAAAUAGUCAUCGAGGCACGUGACAGAACGGUCUUUCCAUUCGGAGGAUUUGCCAUCGACGACUUGCGAUUUGAUAACUGUGCCGAAACAAAACAGACUUUACAUCAUUGCCUUCCUGGUCAUAUAAAUUGUACUUCCGGGCACUGCUACCCAAAGGUGGUCGAAUGUGACUUCCAAGAUGAUUGCUGUGAUGGCAGUGACGAAGAAACUUGCAGUAAUUAUACGAUGUGCAACUUCAAUUCUGACAUGUGUAUUUGGGAGCAAUCAACAAAUGAUGAUCUUAAUUGGAUUCGUAGCAAUAAUAUGAUGAAGUUGGGUGUCAACGGUGCAUCCGGAGAGCGUGCUAGGCUCAUAAGCGCGACGAUUAAUGCUACAGAUGUAACAUGUUACAUGCGUUUUUUCUACCGUUCGGACAACGUGCAGCCUGGCGCAUUAGCCAUCUACAUGCAGCAAUCGAAUUCUGGGCAUUUGAAACUGCUUUGGUCGAAGCAAGGAAACGGAAAUUACUGGAGAAGAGAAGUUAUAGCUUUACGCAGUAAACACCUAUUUAAAAUCGUUAUAGAAGGUACCAAACAAAGUGGUUGCUUACUCUAUAUCGACAAAAUAUCAUUUACACCAGAGUGUCGGUUCUCUUCCGCUGAAUUGGCAACAUCCAUUCCAUUACCAAUAGUCAAUCCGGAUACUUGCGAUUUUGAAGAAGAUUUCUGUAACUGGUUAACAGGACAAGUUUCUAAACAAAACAGUGACAUAAAUACUUACCAAUUUAGACGAGUUCAAGGGUCAACAAUUACUAACUUAGUCCAACGACCGUUUGUUGAUCAUACAUUCGAAACCUCAAGUGGUAAGUUUAUACAAUAA